CCAAUACAUAAAUAUAUGUGUGUUCUUUCAAAUUGGUCGCACAUGUAUGCCUAUAUCAAAUCUAUUGUCUUUUUAUGCAGAUUUUUUUAAAAGUUCUUUUUUGCCUUUGUAUGGUGAUAUUAUCUUUUUGCUCUAAAUUUUAUACGUGCAUUCACAAGAGAACAAAUAAGCAUUAGAUAGUACAUGAUUUUCCUUAUCAUUAUAAACAUGAUUUUCCUUAUCAUGUUUUUAGGUCUAAGGUAUUUGACUCGCAUGUCCUAACUACUAGGGCUGCAUCAUGUAAUCGUAAUGUACAGUCUUUUGUUAACGUGAGACGUAAGUUGCUUUCGGUAUUUUUUUUUUUUAAGAGAUAAGAAAAGAAAAGGAAAUACUCCAAUAUGUAGUACACUACGGAGACCCGAAACUCAAGCAUUUUUCUACCCGAAAGGAUGAUUCUACCCGGGCGUAGUAGAAUUUGCAGGGUCAGUAUUGCUCCGUUUUCUUUGGGGUAUUUUGUCAAACACCAUCCAACUUCUCCUUCACGUCCCUUCUUCUCUUUCACAUUCAAAUUCAAUUCCAAUGGACGAAAACCACAGUCAUUCACCACAACUGCAACACGUGAAACAUCCCUACUCCAUACCUUGACUUCUACACAACAGCAACAAGUGGAGCUCUACAUUCACUCCCUCCUUCAAUGGAAUCAGAAGAUGAAUCUUACGGCUGUUAAAGACGAAAAUGAGGCAAUGGAAAGGCAUGUGGAGGACUCGCUAGCCAUCAUAGAACCCAUCACGAGCUCUUAUCUCUCACAUUGUGGGACUUCAUGUGAAAAUUUGAAUCUUAUCGAUGUCGGAACUGGGGCUGGCCUUCCAGGUGUCAUUCUAGCUAUUGCUUGCCCAGGUUGGAAACUGACGCUUCUGGAGUCUAUGCGUAAGCGUUGCGACUUCUUGGAGCAUGCAGUUAGUGUUACUGGUUUGUCUAACGUGCAAGUUAUCAGAGAAAGAGCCGAGAACUUGGGGCAUAAACCUGGCUUAAGAGAGGUAUUUGACAUAGCAGUAGCAAGAGCAGUUGCAGAAAUGAGAAUCUUAGCUGAGUACUGUCUUCCUCUAGUACGUGUGGGUGGCUUAUUUGUAGCCGCAAAGGGUCAUGAUCCUCAGGAAGAGGUCAAAAGAGCAGAAAGAGCUAUUAAGUUGAUGGGUGCUUCACUGUUGCCAACAUUCACUGGUUUGUUGCCUUGCUUAUCAUUAUCCCAGAACUUUGUUUACAUUCUUACCGCAGUGGAAAGCAAUAUCAUUACUCAUGCUUUCAAUGGUAUCUUAUUGAUGUUAUUUAGGAUUUGUUUGGCAUGUUGCCCUAUAUCAUAAAUUACUUAUGCUACUCCAGCUUUUGCAGUGUGUCAAUCUUGUGACCACAUGGUAGUUGUUUGAUUGACAACAUAGUUGUCUAUGUUUGCAUCAACAGUCAUACUAGAUUUUCUCUCUGCUUUUGCAGUUGUUGGGCAUAAAUCUCAGUUUACUUGUAUUCUUGUUUGCCUGAUUGUAGUGAAAUCACACAGCAAGUUAGGACAAAGAACUGCCAUUGUUUGUCUGAAAGAGGGUUCUACGCCGAAAAAAUAUCCUCGUGAUCCAGGUAUACCAGGAAAGUUGCCUCUCUAAGUGCUAAACUUCAUUCUUUCACUUGUACUUGUGAGUGUAGCUUGCAUAGUUGAGGUUCAUUGUAAAUUGUAGAAAGAGAACUCUUUUAUGAGCGGACAAAAUGCUAUAAUAAUGUGCAAUCUUUGAAUGGUUUCUCUGUUUCCUCUUCACACACUAGUGGCUCUGCCAAUAUGUACCUGCUGUGUCGAUGCUUUUCCACUUCUAGUUAGUGCACUGAUUUUUUACUUUUUCUGGGAAAUGAGAAUCAAAUCCAUCGAGAAACACAUCUGAAGGUGUUUGUUAGCACAAUAACGACAGAGGAUCUAAUCUAUUUGAUCGGUACUUAAAAUGGGAGGAAGGUCUAGUUGACCCAUGUUUGAUGUUCCGGAGGACAAGAAGGCCUAGUUGUUAUACAUGUUGUGUUGACCUCUUUUCAGUUGUCCGUGAACAGAGAUUAACAAUCAAAUCUUGAUUUUUGAAGUGUAGGAUGCCUUCAUCGAUAAAAAGAUGCACUCCUGAUUUGCAAAUUAAAAUAGUCAACGCAAAGACUCAAUGCAAAAUUGAUGUUAAGACGUGCAUACUGUAAAAAGAGUUUGAACUUUCUCCUCUGCAGAGCUGUAUAAGAAGCCAAGCACAACUGAACAAAUAUGCUUUAUAAGCCCAUUUUAAAAGUCGAAUGUUCGCAAUUUAGCAAAUAUAUAAAAAUGUAGUGGUCUUUAGUCUCUCCAUUAUCCCUUAUUCUAAAGGGGAUAAAUAAAUGGAAGAAAGGAAAACAAAAUAUAAAUGUUUGGUUCGUUUUUCUAGUGUGUGUUUUUAGGUGUUUUCUGUAUUGGAAAUGUAAAAAGAUGUGUUAGAAAUAUAAAAAAAGUAUGCUGGGAUGAGACAGUUAUUAGUAAAAUAAACUGAAAAAACCAUCAAAAAAAGCAAACAAACAUAGCCAAGCGGUUUACAACUACGUGUUUUUAUUAUCACAUUUAACAAAAGCCAAGAAUAGAUUACAAAUAUUUCAGGUAAGAAUUAGAUAAAUGUAAUUGUAUUUGAUACAUGUAACAGUAGAAUCUGUAUUCUGUAAUAUUAGUAGACAAAAUAUUCAAGAACUGUAUUACAUGGAUGGCUUACUAGUUUAUCCACCUCAUUAGUGAUAUAAAGCUUGUAUUUUCUUUCAAUAGAAUAAAAUAAAUAAAAAUGUCUAGUCAUAUCCACUGACCACUGUUAAUUAUCUCAACCGUUGGCGCUAAGAAUGCAAAAUGCUGUGAAUUUUAACUCAAGAAGUACCAUUUCUUGAAAGGCUGGCGAAAACUAAAAAAUUUCAUUUCGUUUCACCAUUCAGUUUUAUUGUGUGUGAUAGUUAAAUAACAUGAAAUUAGUCUUUCCAAAGAUAUCAUCUUAACUGAAAAAUGAAAGAAAAAAGUUUAUCUGUAAAACCACCUAAUCACAUCUUUAUUAUACUAAAAAUGUUAACAUAAUGAAAAACAUAAUUGUAUAUAUUUAUAUAAAUACAGUGCCGCCUAACUCAUCAUCUUUUUCAUUAUGUGUAUUUAGUAUAGAAAUAUUCUUCGUAUAUAUCAUUUCCCUUUUAUUCUUUUUCUUUUUUACUAA